AUGGAGGAGACCGGAGUUAUGCCCAAGGAGCAUGAGGAGCCUCGGGUCGAAGACACGGGAAGCGCGGGAUUCAUUGGUCGACGAGGAUGUCCGCAGACAGUGCAUUGCGACAACGCGACGAACUUCGUCGGAGCGAGUCGCCACUUCCUGGCUCUUUGCGAUCGGAUCGAGGAGCAGGCGGACGCAAUUCGCGAGUUCGCAUCAAAAAGCGGAUGCGAAUUUGCGUUCACAACCCCUCGGGCUCCGGACAUGGGCGGACUAUGGGAGGCAGGUGUGAAAACUGCAAAGCACCUACUCCUACGAGCGGUGGGCUGCGCACUUCUCAACGCCGAAGAGCUGGCAACAGUCCUUGUCGGGAUCGAGGCCACGAUGAACUCGCGGCCCCUCGGAGCGCUCAGCCAGGACCCAAGCGACUGCUAA